GCCCGGGAAGCACAGAUUUGAGGAGUUUAGGGAGAUGCCUGAUGUGAGUUAUCGAAAGGACCCAGUGACUUCAUAUUUACAUCAAGUGUAAAGUUUUUGCUCACCUUUAAGCUUACAUAUGCCCGUAGUUAAUGCCCGUCUCCUCAGAAUAAGAGACUUGAUGGCAGCGGCCUUUAGCAGCCUGUUUUGGAUCAGGCACUGGAGUAGACGCCCCUAGCAGAGGGGUCUUCUGUGCAGCCGGAGACCUACCAAAGGCGGCAGUGAUGGCGGCCCGGCGGGAUGGGUGGUUUGGCCCGGCGUUUGGGCUGCGACUGCUGCUGGCGACCGUGCUUCAAACGGUCUCUGCAUUGGGAGCAGAGUUUUCCUCAGAGUCUUGCAGAGAGUUAGGUUUCUCCAGCAACUUGCUCUGCAGCUCCUGUGAUUUGCUUGGACAGUUCAACCUUCUGCAGCUGGAUCCUGACUGUAGAGGGUGCUGUCAGGAAGAAGCACAAUUUGAAACUAAAAAGCUGUAUGCAGGAGCUAUUCUUGAAGUCUGUGGAUGAAAAUUGGGGAGGUUCCCUCAAGUCCAAGCUUUCGUCAGGAGUGAUAAACCCAAGCUAUUCAAAGGACUGCAAAUCAAGUAUGUUCGCGGUUCAGACCCUGUGCUAAAGCUUUUGGACGACAGUGGGAACAUUGCUGAAGAACUAAGCAUCCUCAAAUGGAACACAGACAGUGUAGAAGAAUUCCUGAGUGAAAAGUUGGAACGCAUAUAAAUCUUAAAUUUUGUCCUAUCUUUCUGUUACCUUGUCCAAUGAAAUACUGUAGCACCUAGAAAAUAAUUUAGUUUUGUUUUCUUUCAUUGAUCAGUCUUUUACUGUGAGGCAUUAAACAUCUAAUUAAAAGUUCAAGCAGCAGCGCAGCCCAUGAUAGGUAAGAAGUUAACAAAACCCUUUUUUAUAAGUUUCCAUCCUUCAUUUGUUGAUACCACUAGUAACAGAAGGCCUUCUAAUAGACUUGUGGUUAAUUAUGCAAAUGAUAGUUUGUGAUAAUUGGUCAGUUUUAUGAACAACAGAUUUUUAAAUUAGAUUAAUAAGGGAGAUGAUUAUUGUGCCUUGUGUGCUGUGUGCUCUUUGAAAGUAACGACAACAAACUUGAAAGCAAGUAAGACAUACCGAGCCUCAACAGAUUGCCUGGUCCCCAGAUCCUCUCAUAUUUUUGUACACCCAGCCUUCCUUUUAAUAGAAACGUAUAGUUUAUAAUGAAUGCACUGCAUAAAGACUUUAUGGCUGCAUUAUUGUAAAACAGAUUCAAGAUCUACAGUAAGAGUGAAAUAUUCACACAAAGAUUUUGCAUUAAUGAAGACUACACAGAAAACCUUCCUGAGGAUUUGUGUGGACCUGAUACUUAGCAAAUUUUUGUGUUUUACAUUCUUAUGGAAAAGUCAAUUUAAAAAUGAUCAUUUGUAAGACCAAAAUGUAAAUAAAAAGUUUCAAAAAUCUA